CAUACAAGAGACGAAAAAUGUCCGAAAAGGAAAGCUCCAAUAAAAAGGAACUACCUGUUAUUUUAAAUGGCCAAUUUUUUAAGCCAGAUGGCAAAUGUGUAUUGUGUGUAAAUAAAACUAUUAAAUUCGACGAAAAUUCAACUGGAAAUUUACACAAACAUCUUAAGAGGGUGCAUCCAAACAGCUACGCGUCAUAUGAGGCCAUGAAAUCAAAAGUGGCAAAAAAGGAAGAGAAUAAAUUAUCAGAGCCUAAGCAAGCAAAUUUCUUCUGUUUCCAAAGUUCAAGCCAGCUAAACAACAAAAUUUGCGACUAUAUUAUCGCUGAAAUGCUGCUGAACUGUAAAUUUGAAUUGGAAGUUUUAGCCUACUUAAACGAUCUCGACAAAAAUGUCACUUCUUUGCAUAAAUAUAAGCGAAAUCUUAAUGUAUUUUUAAAGUUUAACACUGUCCUUCCCAGCUCUGCUCCCGUUGAAAGAAUUUUUAGUUGCGGGGGUCAAAUACUAACUCCAAAAAGAAAUAGGCUGGGAGAUCACGUAUUCGAAACCUUAGUUAUGCUUAAAAAAACCAUUAAUUAAGUAAGUUAAUCAUACUAUAAAAGUUU